AUGGACGGCGAUGAAGAUACCGUCAUGUCGGACCCGCGAAAUGUCUCCGCAUUACCGCCACAUGCUUCCCUUACACAAACAACCGUUUCCCUUAACCCCCACAGAAGAGAGGACCCAGUUAUUGCCCCUUCAGUGAUUCCCCAAGCACCCUCCAAGUCUCCAUCUUCUGUGCCUGAUCCCGCUUCUUUGCGAGACCACCCGGCUUCUACGGGCAUCACUCCCCCAGAUCAGUUCAUUAAGCCCAGCCCCUCCGAGAGCAACUCGGCAGAGAACUCAGUUUUCCGGACCGACAGCUUGGUUGAGUCCAAGUCUGAUUGGUCCGACGACGAGAUGGCGGCCAGUGUCAGUUCUGCUGCUGCUGGUCUUCCAGUGGCGUCCAUGCCAAGCGGCCUUUGUUACGAUUCUGAGAUGCGUUAUCAUUGUGAGAUUCGCCCAACGUCUGAUAUUCACCCAGAGGAUCCACGGCGCAUUUACUACAUCUACAAAGCGCUUUGCCAAGCUGGCUUGGUUGAUGAUGAAAUCUCGGCUCGACCACUCGUCCAUCAGACCUUGAAGCGAAUCAUGCCUCGUCGUGCGACCCAGGAACAGAUAUCCACAGUUCACACAGGGGAUCACUAUGAGUUUGUACAGGGCACCAAGGAUAUGUCCGAUGAGGAUCUCGUGCUCUUGGAGCAACAACGAGACUCGAUUUAUUUCAAUCAGUUAACCUUUGAGGCCGCGCGCCUAUCGGCGGGUGGUGCAAUUGAGACAUGUUUGGCGGUCGCUAGGCAUGAUGUUAAAAACGCGAUCGCAGUUAUUCGUCCGCCUGGUCACCAUGCAGAGCACGACAAAGCUAUGGGUUUCUGCUUAUUCAAUAACGUCUCAGUCGCGGCGCGCGUCUGUCAAAACACGUUAGGAGAAAGUUGCCGGAAGAUCAUGAUCCUUGACUGGGAUGUGCAUCAUGGCAACGGGAUUCAAAAAGCGUUUUAUGAUGAUCCCAACAUCCUCUACAUUUCCAUCCAUGUUCAUCAGGGUGGUGCAUUCUAUCCUGGCGGCCACUACGGUGAUAUGGAAAUGUGUGGUGAAGGACCUGGGGUUGGGAAGAACAUUAAUAUUCCCUGGGAGUCGCAGGGUAUGGGUGACGGCGAUUACAUGCAUGCUUUCCAACAAGUUGUGAUGCCCAUCGCACGAGAAUUCAACCCGGAUUUAGUCAUCGUUGCCGCCGGAUUCGACGCUGCCGCGGGAGAUAUACUGGGUGGUUGUUUUGUGACCCCCGCUUGCUAUGCUCAAAUGACGCACAUGCUCAUGAGCCUUGCUAGAGGCAAAAUCGCAGUGUGCCUGGAGGGCGGAUACAACCUUGAGUCCAUUGCCAAGUCGGCACUCUCAGUCACCAAGACCCUCAUGGGUGAUCCUCCGGAACGCCUGAUAAAGAGCACACCUAGCGAAGGAGCGAUCAAAACCGUUACCGAGGUCAUGCGAAUUCAAUCCCAUUACUGGCGUUCUAUGACCCCCAGACCAAUCGCCAAGCACGAUGGGCUUGUUUUGACCGAUCGACUACAUGACUCCAUUCGAGAGCUCCAGGCGAAGCAGCUUUAUGAGAGUUGCAAACUGACAGAACUCUGGAUCUACCGGACGGCCAUUUCGAAGUCAUUUAACCAUCAGGUUUUGGCAAGCCCGAACUACAACCAAGGGGUUCCCCUUCUAGUUAUUUUCCACGACCCGCCCGAAAUUAUGGGAGCUACCCACCCUCUGACCAACAAGCUUGAGGCUCAUAAUUGUUGGAUUCAUACCGAUGUCCAAAAGGAAUAUGUCGCAUUGGCCGUGGAGAAAGGCUGGGCGGUGAUCGAUGUUAACGUUCCCAUGCAUAUCAGCCGAGAUAAGACUACAGGCAAAUUCGAGGAUGAGGAUGUGAACAGACCCCACGCAACCGAGGAGCUGGCGGCUUACCUGUGGGACAACUAUAUCGACCCAAGUAAUGCUACGGACGUUUUCUUUAUGGGUGUCGGUACCGCUUUCUAUGGCGUUACCUCCCUUCUCAUCAACCGAGACAACCUCUACCAAAACGUUAAUGGUGUAAUCUCAUUCGUCUCGGAUCAUCCCGUCCGUGCGGUUGCGUCGGCUACACAGACCUGGAUGUCGAAGUGGUACCGUGAGAACUCGCUGGUCUUCGUUUCUCACCAACACGGAGUCUGGGAGCACAAACCAUCCAAGCGUUAUGGAAAUCUCCGCAAGUCUCCCCAGGUCACCAUCUCUGACAUGCUCGCCGAGCACAAAGAGGAGACCUUUGACUGGAUCCGUGAUCAUAUCAAGGUUCAGUCUGAAUCGGAGAACGAAGACUCUGAAAUGAAGGGUUAG